AGGGGAGUCUCCCGAAGGGGGGGGAAGCAGGAGGUCACGUGACCCGGAAAGUUGCAAGGCAGGAAGCGAAGGACGGAAACAAAGUUACCAGCGAAGGAGACGCGCGACGGGCGGGGGGUUCUAGGCUCGGGACCGGACCGGACCGGACGGGGGGGUUCUAGGCUCGGGGCGGGACGGGGCGGGACCGGAAGGAGGGAAGGAACCAGCCCGACUGUGAGAGGGGGUGAAGGCCCCCACACGAAUCCCUGUCCCCCCUCCCCGAACGGAAGUCGCGGGGUCGGGGCCCUCCAGAGCCGGGCGGGGGGAAGUCGGGGAGCGCGGAAGAUGUGCGGGUGUUAGGGGGGAGGGGAAUCCGCCCACCGACCCUCCCCCACCCCCGGAUCCUCUGGGGGGCAAAAGGAGAAAACCGGGACCCCCCCACCCUGAAAAUGUCACCACUGGGGGCCGCCUGCAUCCUGCUGCUGGGACUCGUCUGGGAAGCUGCUUCCUACACAGAGAAAGACUCGGCCACCUGUCAUGCACCCCUGGAGGUGCGGGGGGAGCGCCAGGGGCUGAUCCGCAGCUUCCCCCCCCGGCACGGCCGCCUCCUGCCCAGCAAGUGCACCUGGGUCAUCCUGGCGGGCCCGGAGGAUGUGGUGACCAUCAGGUUCGAGCGGUUCCAGUUGGCGUGCGGGGAGGCCAAGCUCUACGUCUGGGCUCACUCCUACCCCCACCAGGCCCUCUGCGGCUCCCGGCUCCCCGCCCCCCUGGAGUACAGGGGCACCAACGUCACCCUCAGCUACUGGCGGAGCUGGACGGUGGCUGAGGGCUUCCAGCUCCGCUACGAGAGAGCAGGUCCCCUCCUCUCUGCCUCACCCCCAUCUUGUAACCUGACCCUGAAUGAUUUCUAUGGCGUCUUCUCCCCACCUGCCUGGCCUGGGGGCCCCGCUGGUGCCCUCAUCCGGUGCCGCUGGGCCCUGGACCACGAUAGCCGCCCCCUCACUGUGCUCUUCACCACACUGGACCUGGCUCCGAACGACUCCCUGGAGGUCUACGAGGGCCACCCAGACCUGCCGGCUGAGCCACGGCUUCUGCGGCGCGUGGAUGCGGCCAGCAAUGGGCAACCAGUAGUGGUGGAGUCGCCCUCCAGCCGGGCGUGGGUGGCCUGGCAGGGCCUGGGGGACCACGGCUUCAACGCCACCUACCACGUGCGUGGGUUCUGCGUGCCCUGGCAGCGGCCCUGCGGCCAGGGGGAUGAGGCCCGGUGCUACGGCGAGGCGGAGCGCUGCGAUGGCAUCUGGCACUGCCCAGAUGGGGCAGACGAGGAGCGCUGCCCAGGCUGCCCAGAGGGGAGCUACCCCUGCCGGGCUGGUGCUGGGGGCCCCUGCUACGCGCCCGCCGACCGCUGCAACUACCAGACGCUGUGCCCAGACGGGGCGGACGAGCGGGGCUGCUGGCGCUGCCAGCCCGGCAACUUCCGCUGCGGAGACGGGCGCUGCGUCUACGAGGCCUGGCGCUGCGACGGGCAGCCCGACUGCACCGACGCCUCCGACGAGGCCGCCUGCCCCUACGCCCUGCCCCGCAAGGUGGUGGCCGCCGCGGCCAUCGGCAGCCUGGUCUGCGGCCUCCUGCUGGUCAUCGCGCUGGGCUGCACCUGCCGGCUCUACGCCGUGCGCAGCCAGGAGUACAGCCUCUUCGCCCCCCUGUCCCGCAGCGACGCCCAGCUGGUCCGGCAGGAGGCGCCACCGUCCUACGGGCAGCUCAUCGCACAGGGGCUGGUCCCACCUCUCGAAGACUUCCCCACCGACAGCCCCGGGCAGACGUCGCUGCUGGGGAAUCUACGCUCUCUGCUGCACCUGCUCCAGCAUGAGCCGGUGGGGGGGCGCCGGGCCCGCCGGCCCCCCCGCCCCCUGCGCCGUCUGCUGCGCCGCCUACGCCGCUGGGGGCUGCUGCCCCGCUCCGCCCCUGCCGCCCGCCCCCCUGCUGCCCCCUCUGCCCAGCCCCCGCCGGACACUGCCAGCCAGGAGGAAGGGGGGGCGGCGGGCGGGCCCGAUGAGGCCCCGCCCCUGCCACAGAAAGUCCCGCCCCCUGGGCCAGAGCCUCCCACGGCCCCACCCCCUGCAGGCCCCCAGCGGCUGCCCAGAGGGGUGAUGGGGGCCCUCCGUGGGUGCCUCUUCCCCUCCUCCGAGGGCCAUGGGGAGCCUCCGAGCUUCCCACCCUCCCCCGUGGGGGAGGACGACGUGCUGCUACUGCCCCUGGCUGAGUCCCGCCCCUGCCCCCCUGCCGAGGACGAUGACCCCCUCCUCACCUGAGUGCCUCCCGCCGGGCCGCAUCGCCCUGAAGAACCCAGCGGCCAACGGGGAGAGCGGUUAAGCCACCCCUGCCACCAGCAGGGUUCAACUGGGGUGGCAAUAUUUGUGAGGCAGUCAAAAACUGGCCCACAAAGGAUGGUGCCAUUGCACAUUGCCUUUAAGGACUUAAUGCUAACUGAGCAGCGAAAGAAUAUUUGCCUGCCCGUCAAAAAAGCUCUUCAAGGGAAGAGCUUUGUCAGACAUUGCCUUUAAGAACCUGGUGGCUAAUCGGAGAGCAGGGCAGCCGGGCAGGGUUGAACCAAUCGCGCCCACCCCCAGAGGCCACAUCUGGCUGCAUCUGAGCGGAAGGAAAAAUAUUUGUCUGGCAGUCACAAAAGGCUCUUGAAGGGGAUGUGCCCUUUCAAAGUCUUUGUAUGGCUGUUCUAAAGAACGUCUUAAAGGUGCUGGAACCCUAUUAGUGGAGGAAAGAAAAGGCAGUCAAAAAAUACUCUUAAAGGCAAUGGCUCAGCUGGCAGUUAUUUUCCUCUUCUAUGAGUCGAAAUUUUCUAUAAUCAAUCAUUUUUUCCUACCUGGGUUAGAAAAAUGAACCUUUGCACAUUUCUUUUUGCAGUGCCUGAUAAAUUAAUCUUUAUGGUCAGCAAACCUUGUGUGUGUACGCAGGUUAAAAAAAAAGGUCUUUUAAAGGCAAUGGGCAAAGGGCAAAAUCCGCAACAUUUUACUCCCCGUUUGCUAAAAUGUUGUUCUGAUUGAAACAAAAAAAUGAGAAAUGGGCAGAAAAUGAAUAUGUGAGUUUAUGUAGCUGGGAUUCUCUACGCAAAAUAUUUACAUGGCUGUCAAAAAAGAAAACUCUUAAAGGUAAUGACCAUUUUACCUCCUCAAAAGAUUGUUUGACGUCAUUGGUUUUUAAAAUAUGACUUAGAAGAGACAAUGUGCAUUUGUAUUCAGCUGACAAAUUGAACAGUGAUUCUGAAUGACAAAAGAUAUAUGUGGCAGUUUAUAUAUAUAUAUAUAUAUACACACACCUAAAGGCAAUGACUAAAUCUGAAAGAUUGUCGGUCAUUUUUGAUAGAUUUUUAAUAUAUAUAUGUGUCGUUUUUGUGAAGAAGGUGAGGAAUAAGAUGAAAAGAAAUGUGUGUGUCUAUGGAUGUGGGAAAUUCAGUUGUGAGUCUUGGCACCAAAUAUUUGUAUUGUAAACUGAUUUUUCAAGGCAAUGGCAAAAGCAUUUAACCAGCUACCGCGAGAGAGGUGUUGUUUUUUUUUGUGUAGUUACUUUUUUAAAUUCAAAAUCGGAAGCUGAAUUUUCACAAGUUCCAUGGCUACAAAAGCUGGAUUUGAUUCUCAACCCAGCUGCUUUGUGUUGCUGGGUUUUUGUUGUUGUUGUUUCAAAUAAGCUUCUUAAAGGCAAAGUUUGGAUCAGAAAAAAAUACACCAACUUUUGGCAGUGACAUUUUA